UUGUAAAUCGUUUCUACUCCAACUACUGGCUUCAAUAUCACUAAUAUCUCAGAACUGUCUUCUGUCGUUCUAUGUCAACUGAAAGUGAAACGGAGCAAUUAUGGUGUAGUCGUAGCUUCCUAGUCCGUAUAGUACAACGAGAAAGAAUGCGCCUGCUGGACGUUUUCUUCCUGCAUGCGUUCAUUAUUGUCGCGUGCGCGCAAAUGAGUAUCAUUAUUCGAGAUUAUUUCGUUUACAAAAACGUGACCAGAGUAGUGGGAUUCUCGUGCGGCGAUACGGAAGAGGAUUUUCUCACAAUGAGAUUGUUGAACGUCGCCGGGAUGUCCACGGCGAUUAAACCAGCUGGAUUCCAGCUGGAUGUUCUGCGGUACCUCAACACCGAUUACACUAUGGGAGUCUUUCUGGACAUACGAUGUGCGAACCAAAACGUUAGCGGAAUUUUUUAUGAAGCCUCGACUCAUCGCAUGUUUGACUUUUCGUACAAUUGGCUAAUCUUGGGAAGCAAUAUAAACCACAGUUUGCAAAACUUAAACGACACCGGCUUCAGCGUCGUCACGGAUCUCGCGAUUCUGCUGCCGGACUCUGCCGAGAACGAGACCGAUUUCGUUCUCCACGAUGUAUACAAUCCCUGCAAAUGGCGCGGCGGAAUGCUCAACGUUACGCAGCUCGGUACUUGGAGAGAAUACGACGGACUCACGAUCACUCUGACCGGCUCGAGAAUCUUUAGACGGCGAAAUUUUCACGGAUUGCGAGCCAAGGCGGUCGGGAUCGUGCGGUUUAGACCGUCACACGUGAGUUUAAUAGACUACCUGGAAGACGAUACCCAUAUGGACAACUGGUCGAAAUUCGGGCACAUUCUUCUCUCGCACGUCGCCGAUAUGUAUAACUUCACCAUGGAUAUCAUUGAGAUCAAUCACUGGGAGAAGAACGACAGCAACGGUCCCAUGAUGGGCGCUUUGAAGAGAAACGAGGCCGACCUGGGCUACUACCCGUCCAUCCUGACGAUCGAGAGAUACGGAUACGCGCGUGUCAUCUUUCCGCAAUGGCCUACGCGAACCUGCUUCAUAUUUCGUACCAUUCCGGCGAUGAAGAUGAAACCUUGGGUAUUAUUGAAGCCGUUUGCGGCGGACGUGUGGUGCUUGAUCUUCGUGCUUGUGAUAAUUAUCGUUAUCCUGUUGUCUUUCAUACUGAAGCUAGAACGCGCCGACGAUUACAGCUGCAGCAUUUCGGCAUUGGUCGCCAUCGCCGCGUUAAGUCAGCAAGGUUUCCCAUACUUCAAUGACCUAUCGGCUAGUCGAGUCGCCCUCAUUCAGAUCACUGUCUUUGGUCUGUUGGUGUAUCAGUAUUAUUCAGCGGCGAUAGUGUCGGCUAGAUUGAACGAGCCUCUUCACAAGAUGAACGACUCGUUGAUUUCGCUGGCGCACAGUGGAAUGAAACUCACGGCCGAACAGAACGUCUUCUUCAACUUCUUGCUGCGGAAUCCAAGGCCAGAGGUGCAAUACUUCAAAGAAUAUUGGAACUCUCUACCCGAUAAAGAAAAUAGGUUUAUUCCGAUCGAGGAUGGUGUGAAGGGAAUAAAAAAAGGAGGCUUCGCCUAUCACGCCGAUCCGGACGAUAUCUAUCCGUCUCUCGAAUACGAGCUCGAGAAGCAGAUGAUUUGUCAGCUCACGGAAGUUCACUUGAUGCAGUUAGGGUCCGAGUUAGGUUUAUGGUCUAAUCUCUACAGUCAUUUUCACGAAAUUUCCAAAAGAGCGUUACUGAAGAUAAACACCUCGGGACUUCGACGGCGAGAGAUACGCCGUCGAUCGGCCAGAAGGCCUUAUUGCCCGACCGACGAGAUUUUCGUCUCCAGCGUGACCAUCUACGAAGCGGCGCCAAUCUUGAUUCUUCUCAUCUUUGGCAUGAUACUUUCGCUCAUUAUAUUCGGUAUCGAGCACGCCGUCUUCUAUAUGAAUUCGAAACAAGGUCCAAUCAUUAAUAAGAAUACCAAGGAUAAAAUGUUGUCAAUAGAGAAAAGUAAAGCAUCGCUCGAUAAGAAAAAGAAUUUAUUGCUGAAUAAGAAAGGUAAUCUAUCGCUGAAGGGCAAAGGACCGCCUAAGAAUAAUAUCAUUCUGGUCCUUCCGCACGCGAGCACUCUCUUCCAGAAGGUAUUAAUGUCGGACCGAUAUCAAUAAAGGAUAAUAUAGGUGAAAUUGUAGACAAUAAGUGGAUUUUCAAUUUUCAUGUAAAUUAUUUACCCGAUCAUCAUUACAAGUAUACGUAGUGCGCGAAUAAACGUGCUUAAAUAAAGUACAAAUAUCUUUUUAAGAUUGUUUCUACAUCUUGACACGACGCGAUUAUUAGAAUACAACAAUCGCAUUGUAUAAAUCACGCAUGUAUAUAUUUUUUAUAUUUCGUUACAUAUUAUUAUGCCGUACUUUACACGCAUUCGGGAAAUAACUGUGUAAAUAACACGUUAUCAUUUGGAAAAAGUGUGUAAAUACAAUUAUCUUAUCACUUUA